AUGACAAUGCACUCGUACCCAUUUGCCUUGUGCACCCUUUUCUUGAUCUUCUUCAACCUCUCCCUCUCCCACCCUCUUCCCCCUCCACCUCCGUCAACCAACAUCACCCUCUUCGGCGACGCCUCCAUAACCCACAACGCCAUCAGCCUCACCCAGCCGCUCUCCACCUGCCCAAGCUCCAACGCCUCCGAGGUCAGGGCCGGCGGAGCCUUCUACUCCAACCCGGUUCGGUUUCUUGACCCUAAAACCCAAGACUUUGCCUCUUUCUUGAGCCGCUUCACUUUCACCAUCACCCAGUUGUGCUCUUCCGGCGACGGCAUGGCGUUUGUGAUCGCCUCCCACUUGGAGGGUUUAAGCUACUCGAGAGGGUUUAUGGGUCUUCCUCAAGAUUCGUUCUUUGCUGUGGAAUUUGAUACCCUUUUUGACCCUGUGGUGGAUGACAUCAAUGGCAGCCAUGUGGGGAUUGAUCUCAACACUGUUGAGAGUGUGGCUUCUGUUAAUGCUGGGGUUGAUUUGGUGGGUGGGAAGGAGAUUACUGCUUGGGUUGAGUAUAGAGAUGAUCUGAAGUUGGUUCGGGUUUGGGUCGGGUACUCACCGGAGAAUAAGCCGCCGAGUCCGGUUAUUGUGGCCCAGAUUGACCUCUCCAGGCAAUUCAAGGAGUUGGUGUAUGUGGGGUUCUGUGCCUCUAAUGGGAAGGGCUCUUCGGCCUACAUUGUGGAUAGUUGGAGGUUCAAGAUUUUCAAUGGGUCUCUGCCUUCUGUGCUUCCUAUGGAUUUCUGGGAGGAGCAGGAUUGUUUCAUGUGUGGAGAUUCGAAGGCGGAGAUUGUUUUCGGGUUGGUAGGUUUGGUUGCAUUGGUGUUAUCUGUACUUGCGGUUUUCGUGAUCUGUUUUGUGUGUGGGAAGAAGAGGAAGGGAAGUGCCAGAAGAGUUAGACCAGGCCCGAGUUGUAGAGUUGAGACGAGUAGAGUACCAACGAGUUUGUCACUGGAUGAGAUAACCUCGGCUACAAUGGGGUUUGACAGAAGCAGAAUUGUUGGGGAAGGAGCAACAGCUAAGGUGUACAAAGGGUGUCUGGUAUCUGGUGGAGAAGUGGCAGUCAAAAGGUUUGACAGGGCUGAUGGGCUUGAGCGUUUGCGCGGUCCUUUUACUACUGAGUUUGCAACAAUGGCAGGGUGUUUGCGGCACAAGAAUUUGGUUCAGCUUCAUGGCUGGUGCUGUGAGGGUAAUGAGCUAGUUCUGGUGUAUGAGUUCAUGCCGAAUGGAAGCCUCAACAAAAUUCUCCACAAAAGCUUCAAUGUGGCUGUUGUCCUAUCUUGGAAGCAAAGACUUAAUAUCGUUCUUGGAGUUGCGUCUGCUCUUGCAUAUCUUCAUGAGGAGUGUGAGAGGCAGAUAAUUCACAGAGAUGUUAAAACUUGCAACAUAAUGCUAGAUGCAGAGUUAAAUGCAAAGCUUGGGGAUUUUGGUCUAGCAGAAGUAUAUGAUCACAGUUCCCUCACAAGAGAAGCGACCAUACCAGCCGGAACAAUGGGAUAUCUUGCUCCUGAAUAUGUUUACUCUGGUGUUCCAACUGUUAAAACUGAUGUCUACAGCUUUGGUGUGGUGGUGUUAGAGGUGGCUACGGGUAGAAAGCCUGUGGACGAUGAUGGUACAGUGAUUGUUGAUUGGGUUUGGGGCCUGUGGGAAGUGGGGAAACUGAUUGAUGCUGCUGAUCCAAGACUGGCUGGAAAGUUUGACAAGGUAGAGAUGGAAAGGAUGCUAAUGACUGGACUUUCUUGUGUGCACCCAAACCAUGCUAAGAGGCCAACAGUUAAAGAAGCUGCAAGGAUAUUACAAGGAGAAGCGCCACUUCCUGUAUUGCCUCCAAGAAAACCUAGGGUGAGUCUUCGACCUAUUUUUCAUGAUGAUACUGAAGAAAUCCGAAAUUUGUGUGCUGGUAGGUUCAGCCUUGAACUUGAUGAUGUACCAUAUAUGACCCCCAAGAGCCAUUUUGGCAAUGAUCAGUAG